GGUUAGGGCUAGGGUUAGGUUAGGGUUUGGGUGGGAUUGUGGGGAUGGAAGAGAACGCUGAGCUCGAGGAAGGAGAGGCUUGCUAUUACAGGGAUGACGACGACAAGAUCAUUGACCCUGACAUCUCUCUCUCUUACAUCGAUGAGAAGAUCCGAAAUGUUCUUGGCCAUUUUCAAAAAGAUUUUGAAGGCGGGGUUUCUGCCGAGAAUUUGGGGGCAAAAUUUGGUGGCUAUGGCUCCUUUUUACCUACCUAUGAACGCUCACCUUCUAUUUGGUCUCGCCCAAAGACUCCACCAAAAAACUACAAUGCUCCCAGAUCUCCUAACAAUUUACCCAUCGAGGGUGCCUCUCAGAAUUUGAAAGCUCCCUCGAAUAAAGCCCCAUCUUUGAGGCUCGGGACUGCUUCCUGUAGUGCCCAUCCAUUGCAUAAUUCAAGAGUUCCUUCUGCAGAUGUUCCCAUCAAACAAAAUCAAGUUGCUGAGAAGAGUCCCUUGAAAAAUGAAAGUUCCAACAGAUCAGGCAAUCUAACUGACCAAAGAACGCUGAAGGUUCGAAUAAAAGUGGGUUGUGAUAACUUGGCGAGGAAGAAUGCAGCAAUUUAUAGUGGUCUUGGACUUGAUGACUCCCCAAAUUCAUCAUUGGGGAACAGCCCGGAGGAAAGCGGAGGGAUGUCACCCAUAUCUCAAGAGACGACUGAUAUGUCUCCAACUGGCAUCAUUCAAGCUAUGACUUCCUUCCCCAUCCCUGGGGGCGUACUGAUAUCACCUAUUCAUGACAGCCUGCUUUGCUUGGUGAAAAAAGAAAAACUUUGUAGUGUCAGUAAACCCAUGCCACCCCUCAAUGGUCGUCAAGAACACUCUGCCAUUUUAGUAGAUGAGUUAUUUUCAAUGAUGGGGAAUAGAAAAGAGUUGAAGGAAAAGAAAACGAAAUUAGCAGCAAAAAGUGAAAGGCAGUUGGAAGUGAAGCAUGAGAAUGGUACAUGUUUUGAGGAUGACAUGUCCUUACAAACAAAGAAAAUUUCAGUAAAUGAAACCACUGGAGGUAAGGAGUUUUUGUCUGGUGACUUGAAAAGCACUCACGUUUCCAAGUCAGAAAGUGAUGUUCGUGACUCUCUCAAAGUGGCUGGUGGGGCAUCUGAAGUUUUUAGGGAGGGUAACAAGAAUGGUGGAAAGGGUAGAUUACGUAGCUCCGACUUAGUGAAAGAGGAAGCUUUGGAGUCAAUAUAUGGUGAGGACUGUAGCAAGAAUGAGAAAGGAAACCUGAGGAGUAGUUUAGUGGAAAAUGUCCAUGGAAACAGAGUGCUAAAUCACCACAAGGAUGUUUUAAUUGACCGUAAAGAUGAUGACAAUUGUCAUAAAAUCUCUCCCUCCUUGCAGGGUUACUCUGAUGGGUCAAAAUGUAAGGAAGAUCUAAAUCCUAAAAAAGAGAAGGUUGGUUGGAAAACUGAAGAUGAUGAAAUUAGUGUUUCAUUUAAGACAGAAAGGGUCUCAUUUGAAGGAAAAAACAAGUCAAAGGGGGCACAAAGUAAUGGCAAGCCAGUUGCUGUUUCAACAAAGGAAAGCCCGAGGUUUGGUGCAAGUGCAGAUUUAAAUAAUAAAAAGAAUACUGGUUAUGUUGUUGCUGACUGUAAUGGUAAAAGUCAAAGGAUAAAGUCCCAGAAGGAUGAUAAGGGCAGGGAUAAUCAUAGAGAUUCAUUGUUGGUACCGAAUUUGGAACAGAAAGAUAAUCAAAUGGAUCCAGUGAGGAGGUCUUCUGGUGAUAGACCAAAGGAUGCUAAUCUUGAUUCUGUUGGAAUGCAACAGAAUGCAUUCUUAGAUAAACGAAAGGGAAGGUUAAGUGGUAAGAAGGUUGAGCAGGAUAUAUCUGGGGCAUCUAUAAAAGAUGCUUCAAUUGUGCGUCCUAUUACAGAAACUGGACUCACUUCUGAGAUGGUGCCGCCAAUGGCAGCUCCUGUGCUUAUAGAAGAGGAUUGGGUACAGUGUGACAGAUGUCAGAAGUGGCGGCUUCUACCCUUUGGUACAAAGCCAGAGCACCUCCCUGAUAAAUGGUUGUGUAGCAUGCUAAAUUGGCUGCCUGGUAUGAACCACUGCAACAUUAGUGAGGAGGAGACAACGAGAGCCCUCAACGCAUUGUAUCAAUUACCAGUUUCUGAGAGUCAGAACAGCUUACAACAUCAUAUCAGUGGAACUGCAUUGGGACUAUAUUCAGGUGAUGUCCACCAUCUUGACCAGAAUCACGAGAAUGUCAGUGCCCAAGCCGUUUCUAAUAGAGGAAAGAAAAAACAUGUUUUAAAGGAAAUAGCAAAUGCAGGAAACUCGGGUGGCCCCUUUCAGAUCUCAAAGUCCACAAAGAACAAGCUACAAGAAUCUACAAAAAGGAGCAUAAAUGGCAAGAACCAGCAUCAUGCAGAACUAAAUCUGAUGAAGAAAUCUAGUUCUCAACAUUUGAGUAAGAAGGGCAACUUGGUUGUGGAUAAAGACAUGCUUAGUCAGAAAGAAAAGCCAAUUAAUGGAGGUGAUGCGAAACAAAUAAAAGUGAAAAGCAAGAGGGAAGCUGAUGAAUACGAAGGUGGAACCUCCAAGAAGUCCAAGACAGAGGAUAUGUCCUAUGUUGAUAAACAUCGGACCUCCAAAAUGGACCCUGGUAGGGGGCAUAUCAGUGCAAGUACUGCUUUGCCAACUAAGGGAAGUGGGGAGGAUAUGCGGAAAUAUGAUGAAUACUGUUUAUCUGAGAACACAAGGUUGGAUGUAAGGGACAAGGUGCUAGGUUCUGUUAAGAAACUGGGAGACCAAGCUCAGGUCUUGUCUGAUGGUGGAUCAUUGGAUAUGAGAAUGUGUAGUAAAAAGGAUGUUUCUUUGAAGAAAAGGAAAUUGGAGCUGGAGGACGGCAAGAAUGAAAUAGAGACAUUUCAAAAUUCUGCCCAUGAUGGCAGUGUAUAUGAGAAAGAGGAAAGUAGUGAGAGUGGAUUGAGGAAGGAAAAGAAGUUAAGGGUUUCAAAGACUCAGGUGAAAGAGUCCAACACUAAUGAUUCUGAUGAUAAGUCGCACAAAAAAGGUAGGAUGUCAGAAAUUCUCUUAUCAGGCAUUAGAGAUCAUCCAAGUGAUACUAUGGAAGAAGUCAGGAGAAAUGAUAAGGAGCAGCAACUCAGAAAACAUAAAAAGAAGAUUUCAUCUCAACCGACUGUGGAUGUUGUAGAAUCAUUAAGAAGGGAUUUAGGAUCUGGACAGGUUUCAGUGGCAGCCACUUCAAGCUCUUCAAAGGUUUCAGGAUCCCGUAAAACUAGAGCCAACGUUGAAGAACUGAAAGGUUCUCCAGUGGAAUCAGUUUCCUCUUCUCCCUUGAGGGCCUCUAAUUUAGACAAGUUUACAUCUGCAGGAGGGUACAUUACAGGGAAAGAUGAUGCUAUUCAUAGUGGUCUCUCUAUGAAGGGUGAUUUCAGAAGAUACUCGGAUGGGGAUAAUACUGCUGAGAUUAAUCUGCCUGGGACAGUGAUUCAUAAUUUUUCUGUGCUUGAGUAUAGGGAUGGAGAUGCUAUUCACAAGUCCAGUGGUAAAGCCAAGCCUUCUUCUGAUGUUGGGAAUAGCCGUAUACUUAAUGGUGAUGUUGAUAUUGUACAGCAAAAUGUCCGGUUCCUCAAUGAUCUGCAUGCUCCAGAACAUGGCUAUAAUGAGGAUGGGGUGAAGAAGAACCACCAUGACAAUUCAGUUCUGCAGAAAUCUGGUAAGGGUACCACUUCACGACCUAAGGGCAGUAGCAGAAGUUCUGAUAGAGAUAAAAUGAAGGUUUCUGAUCCAGUUAAUGGUUAUACAAAGAAGAACCAUAGGAGUGACUCGGUGUGUGACCCCAGUCACCGAGUUCCUGUUCAUGAAACAACAGCUAAUGCUAAACACAGUUUUCCUAAAAAUCCAAACACCAAGUCUGUCAUGGAUGAGAAGAAUCACGUUAGUAGGAGGGAUCCUGUAGGACAAUGGUCAAGUGGGACUCAAAUGGAAAUCAAGCUAAAACAAAAAGAGUAUGAUAGUUUGGAUAUGAAAUCAUGCGCUCCAUGUAGUAGAAAUGUGAAGCUUGCCCCCCAGCUGAGCCUGAUUCAGGAUUUUGAGGGUGAUAAUAAAGCUGAUCCAACACAAAUAGAGCCAAGAAAUGGGAAAUCAAAGUUGUUCUCACUUUCCGAUGGUGAAAGUAAACUAGAAACAGUAUCCCAGGGUUGGGGAACUGUACCAGGACCUCAGAAAGGAGAUAUGUUUGAUGGAUGUCCUAUUGAUGCACCUGGUGAUGUGUCAAAGGCAUUAAAACAUUCUGGGACUGUUAAUAACAAUGGAGUUAACCACAAUUUGGGAUAUCUUGUGCCUGAUAGACAAGGGGUCAGAGAUCUCAAUGCUUCAAGUCCCGUGAGAGUGAUCUCCUCCAGCCAGAUUGCUACUAACACCCUGAAAGAAGCCAAAGAUCUUAGAGACACAGCAGAUCGUCUUAAGAGCUCUUGCUUUGGUUUUGAAAGUAAUGAGGCUUACUUCCAAGCUGCCUUGAAGUUUCUUCAUGGAGCGUCACUUCUAGAAACUUGCAAUAGUGAGAGUGGCAGACAUGGGGAGAUGAAUCAAAUUCAAGCGUACGGCACUGCAGCUAAACUUUGCGAACUUUGUGCCAUUCAAUAUGAAACACGGCAAGAGAUGGCUGCUGCUGCUUUGGCCUACAAAUGCAUGGAGGUGGCAUACAUGAGGGUGGUUUAUCAUAAACAUUCUAGUAUGAACAGAGAUUGGCACGAGUUGCAAGCAACAUUACAAAAAGUGGUUCCUCAAGGUGAAUCUCCAUCAUCUUCCGCUUCGGAUGUUGAUAACUUAAAUAGUCAAGCACCUGUUGAUAAGAGUAAUUUAUCGAAGGGUACUGGUUCUCAUGUUGCUGGAAGCCAAGUCAAUCUUGCUCGAAACCGCCCAAAUUUUGUUCGCCUGCUUGACUUCACACAGGAUGUAAAUUUUGCAAUGGAGGCCUCUAGAAAAUCCCAUAAUGCUUUUGCAGCUGCUAAUGUAAUCCUCGAAGAGGAACAGAAUAGGGAUUGCAUUACUUCUGUUAAGAGAGUCGUUGAUUUCAGCUUCCAAGAUGUAGAGGAGCUAGUACGGCUGAUUCGGCUUGCAAUGGAGGCGAUAAGUUGUUCAGGCUUCGGUGGGGCUAGAGACUAAGUAACCCUGUAUAUAUAAUGUUUUUUUUGUUUUUUUUUUUUCCCAGUUUUGUUUCCCCUAGUGAGCAGUCAUCAAGAAAAGAAAGGGGAAAAAGAUGCCUACAUAUACCUGCCCUUGGAAACCUGCAAAGUGGCAGGUCACCGACUGUUUGUUGCCCCUCUGUACAUGUGUACAAAUUGAGAUUGAUUAGCAAAUUUUGUGUUGUAUUUUUGAAUGUUGAGCUAGUUCUUAGAUAAGGGCAAGGCAUGUCACCCCUAAGUUUCAUGGGUUGGGAAAAGAGGCAUGGAAUUCUUACUAGUUUGGCAACAGAAUUCAGAGGUUAUGUAUUA